UAGGGUAGGGCCACACAAUCACUGAAGAGCUGCUGCAGCAGGACAUGAUGGUGCUUUGAGGACUACUCUACCAUGCAGUCUACCAUGAAUUUCAAUGGACUUCAGCGCCAGGCCAGCCAAGAGAAAUACAUUCUGGAUAACACUCUGAGGAAGAAAAGUUCUCUGUGGUACCGGCGCUCAUUGAGAGGGAACAAUGAUCGACACCGACAGAACACUGGCUCUCUGCCCAGAGUUUGCAAGCCAAAACUAACCCACUCCAACUCACUGGUUGAUUACAUGGACCCACAAAGGACAACAAUUACACUGGAAAAGCAAGACAAUGAAACAUUUGGUUUUGAAAUUCAGACUUAUGGCCUGCAGCUGAGAAACAGCUCUGCAGUAGAGAUGUGCACCUUUGUGUGCAAGGUGAAUGAGGCCAGUGUUGCUGAGAGUGCUGGUCUGACCGCAGGUGAUGUUAUUGUCUCUAUCGAUGGGGUCAGCAUUGAAGGAUUGUCUCAUCAGCAUGUGCUUGAAUUAAUAAGAAAAUCAACGAACAGUCUAAAGAUGGAGACUGUGUGUGGGAAUGUGGUGAAGCAGAUAGAGCUGGAGAAGAGGCUGAACCUGCUCCAGCAAACACUCCGUGAGAAGUGGAUGGAGCUUCAAGCACUUACAUUACAGGAAAAACGUCUUAUGCGAGGUAACUUCAGUGACAGUAACGUCCACCCCUUGAUGGAUUCCUCAUCUGCUCUGAGCUCCCCCAUUGGCCGCUGUGGCCGUCGUUUUUCCAGUGACAGCAGCAACAGGAGCAUGCUGACAGAUGACAGCGACCAAGCCAGUGUGUUUGGGGAUCUGUGCUCACCAAGCCCCUCUAGUGCGGUCAGCAUGUCAGAAGAUGGUUGCUUCUUCUCCAGAGACUUCCCCUCACAGGACAUCUCUAGGGGGGUUUCAUCAAGCUCCAGCCAUCAUCACCAAGCCCUCAGCCGCUCCAGCAGCUCCAGUCUGGCCGGCAGCAGCAGCUCGCUCUCUCCCUCCUGGGAGGAAAUGCGGACCUCAUCCUUGUUUGGGACCCUGCCCAGAAGAGCCAGGAAAGCAAGUGUGCGCAAACACAUCUUCAAGUUAAUUCCUGGACUCCAGCGAUCAGUUGAAGAGGAGGAGAUGGGCGCAGUCACUCACUGACUUGUUUACCAGCUGAUUGUGUUGAUCUGAUACUAAGGGCUUGCAUGAAGGAACUUUACACCUUAUAAGUAGCAGAAAUAAACAGACACUGGAGUGUAAUGCCACAUUUAACUCUUGAAGUAAAGAUGAACUUUUUAAAUCGUGGCAUUUGUAAAUGUGAAAGUUUACCCUAAUGCUUUCUGAGCCUUUGAGGUGAGCCAGACUCACAGUUUGGUUUUAAACAUGUAGCGCAAAAGCAUUACAAAGAUGAAUGUGUGUUGAAUGAAUGUACACAUAGCAGGCUGUAAUGCAUAACAGAAGAAUUUAUGCAUCCAGGUAACUUGAAUAUAAAUGUCUACGCUGUGCCAUAAUCACAUUGUGAGAAGCAUUAAUCAGAGACGUUUAAGUAGCAGCAGCUGUCUUCAUGUGAAAAUUUAAAUUUAGAUUCUUGUGACAAUUCAGUUUUCAGUGAGAAACAUACAGAAUGUAGAACUUAAAACACAUUCAGGUGCACAAAACCAAAUAGAUGGCUGCUCAGAUCAUAACAGGAUGUGGGUAUGGGGAUACUACGUAAGUGCUUUCACUUCCAAAUUUACUUUCAGACCUUAUAGGCUACAACAGUUUCAUCACUUAGAACUAGUAAAUGUAUGUUUGUAAUGGUAUUUGAUAGUUUCUAAAGACUGUUUUUCUUAUUCCAGCUUUUGUCUUCUGCAAUCAUGUCAAUAUUAUAUGAAUAAAAAGAACUUUCAAAAAACUAAUAAACCUUUCAU